AAUCAUGUCGGGUGGGUGGAGUUUGUGCUUCACAGUCUCGCUAUGCGCUGCCAGUGCUUCACGUAACAAAAGCAAAGGGAUGAAACAAGUCGAAAUAACCUAUAUCUAAGGUCUGAAACCCUCUUCCCUCCGACGCAGCACUGUCUAUCGGGUGGAACGGUUGCACACCGGGAACCAGACACCGUUAUAACGCGGGAGAAAGCACGCGCCGAAUUUACAGUUUCAGCUCUGCUCCUUGCUCUUCCACGCAUAGACACAGUGGGUCAAGGCAGUAUUUCAGAUCAGGUUUCACAUUUAGCUCAAGACCAGCUGGGAAGAGAGCGAGGCAGAGGGUUUGCCUUUCCCCUAUCCGUCUCUUGCAACGGCGAAAAACACAAGAGGAGCCAGCAAGGGGAGGAUCGGUGUGGACUCAGCAUAGCUUCGAAGGAAUUUCCGUGCGUAUUCUUGUAGUUUACAGGAGAGUAGCGCGAACGAAGUGGCGGUGAGAUACAACAUUAAUUCGAACGACAUGGACGAGCAGUCCCGGUUGAUGCACUCUCACGCGGGAGUCGGGAUGACAGGGCACCCCGGCCUGUCUCAGCACAUGCAGGAGGGCACCGGAGGGGCCGACGGUGACGGAAGAAAACAAGACAUUGGAGACAUUUUACAGCAAAUUAUGACCAUCACAGAUCAAAGUCUGGACGAAGCACAGGCCAGGAAACACGCAUUGAACUGUCACCGAAUGAAGCCAGCACUCUUCAACGUCUUGUGCGAAAUAAAGGAGAAAACAGUGCUCAGCAUCCGCGGCGCCCAGGAGGAGGAGCCUCCAGAUGCUCAGCUCAUGCGAUUGGACAACAUGCUGCUGGCGGAGGGCGUGUCCGGGCCCGAGAAGGGAGGCGGUUCGGCCGCAGCGGCGGCAGCAGCCGCGGCUUCGGGCGGAGCCGGACCAGACAACUCUGCCGAGCACUCGGACUACCGGGCCAAGCUCUCCCAGAUCCGGCAGAUCUACCACACCGAGCUGGAGAAGUAUGAACAGAUGGUAUCCGGCUGGAGAGGGAGUUACGCAGGGAGUCAUGGCAACACAAACCAGGCCUGUAACGAGUUCACCACCCACGUGAUGAACCUGCUGCGGGAGCAGUCUCGCACGCGCCCCAUCUCGCCCAAGGAGAUCGAGCGCAUGGUGAGCAUCAUCCACCGCAAGUUCAGCUCCAUCCAGAUGCAGCUGAAACAGAGCACCUGCGAGGCCGUCAUGAUCCUGCGCUCACGCUUCCUCGACGCCAGACGGAAAAGACGGAACUUCAACAAGCAGGCCACGGAGAUCCUGAACGAGUACUUCUACUCUCACCUUAGCAACCCCUACCCCAGCGAGGAGGCCAAGGAGGAGCUGGCCAAGAAGUGCAGCAUCACAGUCUCACAGGUUUCCAACUGGUUCGGAAACAAGAGAAUCCGGUAUAAGAAAAACAUCGGAAAGUUCCAGGAGGAGGCCAACAUGUACGCCGCCAGAACUGCUGUGACUGCGGCCAACGUCUCUGCACAAGGAAGCCAAGCCAACUCGCCCUCAACCCCCAACUCCGCAGGUUCUGCUGGCUCUUUUAACAUGUCAAACUCCGGGGACUUGUUUAUGAGUGUGCAGUCUCUCAAUGGGGACUCGUACCAGGGGGCUCAGGUGGGAGCCAACGUGCAGUCGCAGGUGGAUACCCUUCGCCAUGUUAUCAGCCAGACAGGCGGAUACAAUGACGGACUCACAGCGAACCAGAUGUACAGUCCGCAGGGCAUCAAUGCUAAUGGCGGAUGGCAGGACGCCACAACUCCCUCGUCAGUGACUUCGCCUACAGAAGGACCCGGAAGCGUCCACUCCGACACAUCCAACUGAUCCUCAUCGUCUGCCAUCCUCCCUCCCUCACACACUUACGGCACCGCUCACACACACACACACACGCACGCACACCAACACACACACACACACACACACACACACACACACAUACAUACAUACAUACACACAUACGCGCACACACACAGGCCAGGACAGCCCUUACCUUGAUUGAGGGGGAGCCCAGCACUCUGAAAGCAGGAUAUGGGGAGAGGGCGACACAACACCCCCCCUGGACUCUCUCAGCCAUUACCACCAGUGACUCACUCACCCGCCCACCGCCAUGUUCCGGCUCUGGUUUCUCUCUCGCCUCCGGUGACGCCAUCGCCACAUUCACCCUCACCUCCACGAGUGUCUGUGUCCACUGUUACAGCUCUGACAUCUGUGUACUGAUCUCGCUUCUUCAAAAAAGACUUUGUAAAAACAAAAAAACAAAACACAGACAUACACACUUACAAAAAGCAAGUAUGUACAGCCCCCUUGUCUUUAGAUUGGAAUGCUUGCACACUACCUCUUAAAAACAACAACAACAACAACAAAACAAAAUGGAACAAAAAAAAGGAAAAUUGUCAUUUUCUUAAAAGACAAACAUUGCUACUUCGGCCAUAAUCGUUUUUUGAAAAUGUUUUCAUCUGACAUGUUAGGCCUUCAUGUGUCUAGGCUCUGUUUUCCAAUAGUGACUUUCUGUUUGACCCAUUGUGCCAAAGUAUUUGAUAUCUUAUAAAUAUGCUCUGAAAAAAAUCAAACAAAAAAAACAACACAAUUUUUUUUAUAUUGACAUAUUGUGGAAACACUUUGUAAUAGAUUCAUAUUUGUGAAAACAGGGCCCAAGAAGUGAUAAAAAGUUAAACUCAGCCUAUGGACAUGCCUGUAUUAUGUAUAAUUACUAUUAUUAUAAUUUAGUAGGACAGAAAAAAACUAACUACAGAUAAACUAAUAUUCACGUUGGCCCCCUUUAGUUAGUCGGUAUGGACACCUGAGGUUUCCUGAAAGUGAUUUGGCAAGAAUUUGCUUGCAGUUUUGCUCAUGUUAAAUGAAUCACCAGUUACUAUGUAUCAACUGUGUCAUGGCCUCAAAAAUUGUAGAUACUGGUUGCUAAAAUAGUUUGUCCAAUCUGAAUGAGGAAGAGACACAAAUAAUACAGUUUUUAAUUAUUUCAAGAGUACUAUGUAUGUACAUUUAUACUGUCAUCUUACAGUACUUUCCAACUUUGUGCAUAAACAAAACAAAUUGACAGGGAGAAUUGUUUCAAUCUUUUUUUUUGGUAUUAUGGUCAAACGAUUUUUCAUAUGUCCAAAGUUAAUCAUUUUCCCCUGGUGCUACGAAGAUAGAAUAACUAUUGGAGCAAAACACUGAUCUAUUUUUGAGACACUUUGAGACACUGCAAAUAUGUCGUUAUAUGUCAUACAUCACAUCCAUGCAGAGGAGAUCCGGUAAUGGCGUAGUGUAGGUAUGAAAUGCUGAAAAGGAGUAUGCAGUGAGAGGCUUAGUGAAGGCUGUGGAGUAUCCCCCGUCAUUACACAUGAGUAGGCAAUAAAACCCUCCAAAUCAUGUCCGUCACAAUGAACGAACAAAUACGAAAUGUGAAAUGAUUAUCAGUUUAUUUUUUUUUAAUUUUUUUUACUUCAUUUGUAGUCUAUGUUGAUCUUACUGUGUUCGUGGGGUCACAGCCUUUGAAAUAACAGUUAAGCAUUAUUCAUUCAUUACCUACAUUCAUUACUUUGAUACCAAAAAAAAAAGAAAGAAAGGACAAAAAGGAAAACGCAGAAGUGUGAACUCUACAUAGCCAACAGCUUUAUAAACACUUUUCAUGUUGUGAAUCUGUGUAUUAUCUGUUGUACUGAAGAACGUCGCCUCUGAAUGUUCCGGUACUUUGUACUCCAAACCAAAAAUGCAGUCAGAAUCCAGUGUUUGUUGAACAACGAAGACAAAAAAAAAGUGAUGGCACACAACUACAGAAAUUGUUUGGAUAUAUUUUUUAUGUCCAUGUUGUGAAUAACUUUUUUUGUUUUGUUUUUUGUUUUGUUUUUUAAAAAUCUCAUCUUUGUUUGGCUUGUUUUACAGGACUUUAUUUUAUUUUCAUGCUAGCUUAUGUGAAUUAGCCCCAAGAAUGCGCUAUUCUGUAUAUGUAGUUGUGCACCUUUUUUCUUCUUGUUUGCUUUUUUAUAAUACUAUGCCAGUAUCCAUUUUCAGAUGAUGUCUGAUCUGAUGCAGACAAACGAACAGAGCCUCUCCCUCUGUUUCAGUGUGGUCCAUCCACUCCCUCGGCCCCUUCGCUCUGAGGGGGGGGGGGGGGGGUAGCCAGGUGGACCCGCUCUCGAAAUGGAUACUGCCUUUGUUUAACGGUGAUGUGAAAAGUCAGUGUCAGCAGUGUCAUGUGACAGUAGCCUAUUUCAUUUAGCAAGACCAAAUCGAGACUACAAAACGCCAUUAUGCAAUGACAUGGAAUAUAUAAAUGUUUUAAAACUUAUUUUAAAACCCAUCAAUAACAGUGGAGCAUCACUGCACCCCAUGACUGACGAGUCCAGCCAAGAGAAUAGAGACUCUCCAGGUUUUGUCAAAGCUCAGCAAGAUGCAUACGAUGGAUAUUUAUUUGCGUUCGAGUGGCAUCACUGUCUAAAUUUCUCGACUAAAUGAUUUUGAGGACACAUGAAAUGAAUUGAGAACCCUGAGCGGGCGGGCGGGCGGUGUGCCGCGAGCCUGUUUCAUACCACGGUGCAGCUACGAGAUGACGCGUGUCCUUCGGAGGUUUGGGGAGCUUCUGGGCUCUGGCAGAGUGUUGUCUUUAGGGAUCGCAUCACACUGUACUUUGACAAAAAGUCUGUCACGCCUUUUUUCUUGUGUGUGUGUGUGUGUGUGGCUGUGUGUGUGUGUGUGUGUGUGUGUGUGUGUGUGUGAGAGAGAGAGAGAGAGAGAGAGGUCCAGGUAGGAGCAGUGAAAGGAUUUCUCAUAAUGUCGGAUAUGCACUUCGUCUAGUGCUCAAAUCUGCUUUUCACAUUGCCUGUCCAGUAUCACCGUAUUAUUGAAAGCUUCAUGUAAUGAUGCUUUUAGUUUUUUGCAUAUGAGCAAUUUGUAAAACAUCAAAUGUUUACUUUGUUGCAUGUCUUUUGUUCUUUAAUAAAAUACUGCAGUGUUUUUGAAUGUUUCUUCUUUUAUAUAUAUAUAUGAGAAAAAAAAUCUGAGGAAAAUUGCAGAGACUUUCUCUCCGAGUUUGAACUUUUGAGGUCUCUGCUGAUGUACAAAAAAAGAAUAAAACGGAAGCGCAAAAUUAUUAUCUUUUUGAUUCCAAUUUAAAAUUUCUUUUCUUUUUUGUGGAAAAAACAAGGUGUAGGUUUUCUGGUCUCUCUUCAUUUGUACUGGUAAUGCAUAUUCCAAAUAAAUAGAUUCUUUUGUUGCA